CAGGAAGAAAGAUGGCGAUCUUCAGUGUGUAUGUUGUCAAUAAGGCCGGUGGACUCAUCUACCAGUACGAUAAUUAUGUACCUCGAGCUGAAGUUGAAAAAACAUUCAGCUUUCCGCUUGAUUUAGUUUUAAAGAUUUACGAUGAGAAGUUAGUUGUGUCAUUCGGACAGCGGGACGGGAUCAGAGUGGGUCAUGCGGUUCUGUCCAUUAACGGGGUGGAUGUGAAUGGUAAAUACACGGCUGAAGGGAAGGAGAUACUGGAAUAUCUGAAAGAUCCUGCCAACUAUCCAGUGUCCAUCAGAUUCGGGCGACCUCGCCUUACCUCCAAUGAGAAACUCAUGCUGGCCUCAAUGUUUCACUCGUGAGUAGACUUCAUUAAACAUGG